AUGUGGUCUUCCUCAGCAAAGAUAAUGCCGAAGAAGAAGUACAUACUCGGUGACUUCGUCAAGUACGCGACAGGCAGACUCGCGACCCACUUCACCGCCAUCUCUGAUAUGGCACUCUACCAAUUCUCUGAGAAACUGUAUCUGGACGAGAAGCACAACACACAUCGACGCCACAUGCUCCUAGUUGGUCACUAUUCACGUAAAGCCAGCGGCCCGCCAGUAUGGGCAUGUGCUACGGGUGAAAAGAUCUGUUACUAUUCCGAGUCGGGAAAGCUAUUGACUCCAUUGGUCCAGGACAUACAUUCGUCAAAGGUCUACUACGAUCCGCCUUUCAGCUACAUCGGUGGCUCGCACGAUUACAGUAGUCAGAAGCCUGGAAUGAACCCGGAACGCAAGCUUGAGCGUGCAAUAGUUGAUUCCGCUAUCAACUUCAUCUUCCUGUCAACUGGACGACUGGAUCAGGUCUUCGAUCUGGUGAACCCGGACAUACUGAGUCACUUCAAACUCGCUUGUACGAAUUUGGUCCGACACCAGAGAUCUCUUGCUGAGGCUGGACAUACUGCAUACGAGCAAGUUUCACGGAACGUAUUCUCCAAUACGCCUGCGAAUGAGAGGCUACAUCCCAAUGAACCCAUUGCGGUAGAUGGGUCGAAUCUGCAGCUUGUACACCGCAGCAAGAGCACGGCCUCGCCUAGUCUGGGUAAACGUCAGUUCGUUGACUUCAGCGACGAUCGGACCGAUGAUCUACCAAGUGGUAAGUAG